AUGAUGGACGGGAUUUCGGGCGUGGUGGCGCUCCUCUUCAUGGGGAUUGCCGUGGUGUGGAUGGCUGUCUUUGGGUGGUGUGCGUACAAGAUUUCCUCCAUCUGGUCCCGCCAGCCACCCAGCAUGGCGACUGCCACAGGCGGACCAGAACAACCCCCGAGCCAGCGCGGCGACCACACCACCUGUGCCAUCUGCCUGGAUGCCCCCACGAAUCCCAUCAUCACCAACUGUGGUCACUGCUAUUGUGGUAUGUCUUGCCUGGAUGAAGACAGGGACUGGUGCUUUGCUAGCCUGAUGCGGCAGAGUGACUUUGGAACCCAUCGAGCCUGUCCGACCUGCCGUCGGCGUGUCAACUUUCUGUUUUCUCAACAACCACUGGGCGAUGACGCCAUUAGUCGGGAGGUCCGUGCAUUCAACCGCCGGUAUGGCCCCGAGCGUCGAUCCAUGAGCGAGGUCGUGGCCGAUGCCCCAGAGCUGCUCCGGCAGUUUGGUGCCAGCUUGUUUGACCCCACAAACGUCUCAAUGCUCGUCAAGCUUCGUGUUAUCCUGAGUUUUGUGCUGGCUGCGCUCUACGCCAUCAUGCCCUUUGACGUCCUGCCCGAAGCUGUUCUCGGCAUUUUUGGGUGCGUGUGUACGCUUCUCACCCUUGUAGCUGAGCGAGGGCACGCAUGUCUGGCUUCCAUGGUCAACCCUAAUCUGUCCAUGGUCGUGUCCAGGUUGGCCGAUGAUGCAUUGGUGUUUCUGGUCGUGGCCGUCACAUCAGCCAAUACCAUCCGUCAGAAUUUUGUACAGGCAUCGCAACGUGCCAAUUAG